AAUGGAUCUUGUGGGCCAGAUUUGAGGAUCCCUGAUCUAGAGAAUGAUUUUUUUGCCUCUAGUUUUAUCUAAUAUCAUUCUAACAUUUCACAUUUUGUAAACUAUGUCAAAAAAGCAUAGCUAAUUUUUCCCCCACUUUGUGUGCCUGGCUGUUUUUGUUUGUUGUUGUGUUUGCACAGGUGUGUCUUUGUCCAGUAGCCUUAUGGCUGGUUCUGAGACAGAUGCAGCAAAAAGGUGGCAGAAAUGUGUGGACACUGUGCUGUGUGAUCUAACUAAGGAGCAACUGAAAUCUAUUGAAAACAACAGUGAGGAACGGGACUUUUUUGUGGUACAUCACCUGGCAGACCUGAAAGAAUGCUGCAUCUCUCCUCUCAUUCAUGGCACACCUAUCACCUGUAAAGUGGAAAACACAGAGCGAUACACCACCCGCUCUAAGGUACGUGUGUGCACUCUCUACACGGUCCGUCUGACACAUGGCGAGUUCACAUGGACGGUAAAAAGAAAGUACAAGCACUUCCAGGAGCUCCACAGAGACCUUUACAAACACAAAGUGAUACUGCAGUUCUUGCCCCUGGAAGGUAAAUUUGCCAUUCAGAGACAACAGCUGGCAAGUUUGACAGAGGAAAUGCCAACUUUACAUGGAAGCAAUAGAAACAGGAGAACGUCUGGCAAACCGAAAUAUCUGGAGGAAUAUUUAAACAACUUGCUAGAAAACACGUUCUACAAGAACUAUCAGGGGAUGUUGGACUUCCUGACAAUCAGUCCACUGUCCUUCAUCAGAGACCUUGGACCCAAAGGCCUUGAAGGUUAUAUUCUGAAACGGUCCGGGGGUCACCGUAUCCAGGGGUUCAACUGCAUCGGUCACCAUCAGUUCUGCUUCCGCUGGUCUCGCCGUUGGCUUGUGGUGAAGGAUUCGUUCCUUCUGUACAUGUCCAGAGACCCUGGCGUUGUGUCGUUUGUGCUGCUGUUUGACCCCGAGCUGAAGGUGUUGGUUGGAAGUGUUUACACUGAUACCAAGCAUGGCGUCUGCAUCCAGAACAACAGCAGGAAGCUGGUGAUUAAGUGCAGUAGCUACAGGCAGGCCCAGUGGUGGAGUCAUGAGAUUCGGAGUCUCUCGGAGCGCUGUGAAUUCUUCCAGAAGCAUCGCUUUGAAGGCUUCGCCCCACCCAGACCGGACACUCUCACUAAGUGGUAUGUUAAUGGGAGUGGCUAUUUCUCAGACGUGGCUGAUGCCCUGGAACAGGCCAAGGAGGAGAUCUUCAUCACUGAUUGGUGGCUCAGUCCAGAGGUUUUCCUUAAACGUCCAGCUACAGGAACGUACUGGCGCUUGGACAAGAUUCUCAGACGCAAAGCAGAGCAGGGCGUGAAGGUGUGUGUGUUAUUGUAUAAGGAGGUGGAAAUGGCACUGAAUAUCAGCAGUGGCUACAGCAAGAGAACACUGAUGAACCUGCACCCCAAUAUUAAGGUGAUGCGUCACCCUGAUCAUGUUGCUUCAGUUGUGGUCUUCUGGGCCCAUCAUGAGAAAAUGGUUGCCAUCGACCAAUCAGUGGCCUUUGUGGGUGGGUUGGAUCUUGCGUUCGGGAGGUGGGAUGACAGCGACUAUAGGCUGAGUGAUUUGGAAGCCCCAAAAACAGGCAGUAAUGCAGAGGCAGCCCGAGAGUCUGAUGCUGUGGAUGGCUCGGCAGUUCCUCUGGCAGAACCUGUGUUAGAGUGUGAGGAUGAAGUGGAUCUGAGCUGCAAUGCCCUCUUGUGGUUGGGAAAAGAUUACAGCAACUUUAUCAAGAGAGACUGGUCACAGCUGAACCAGCCCUUUCAAGACAAUGUUGACAGAACUCAGGUGCCACGCAUCCCCUGGCGAGACCUGGGUGCUGUGCAUCAUGGGAAGGCAGCAAGAGAUCUCGCACGACACUUCAUCCAGCGAUGGAACUUCACUAAGAUCUUUAAGAACAAGUACAAGGGUGACUUCUACCCGUACCUACUGCCGAAAUCCCACUGCACUGCAGAUAAGCUGCCAUUCACCAUCCCUGGUGCCUCAAAAGCCUCUGUACAGGUUCUUCGUUCUGUGGAUCACUGGUCUGCUGGCACAUGUGAACAUUCGAUCCUCAAUGCCUAUAUACAUGUUAUUGAGAACAGCGAGCAUUACAUUUAUCUAGAGAACCAGUUCUUCAUCAGCUGCUCAGAUCAGAAGAAUGCCAUUGGAGACACUAUUGUCAAACGGAUCCUACGGGCUCACAGUGAGAGGAAGAAGUACAGGGUGUUUGUUGUAAUUCCUCUGCUGCCCGGCUUUGAGGGUGACAUCAGCCAGGGAGGAGGAAAUGCCAUUCAGGCUAUACUGCACUUCACCUACAGAACGAUUAAUCGAGGAGAACACUCCAUUCUCUCAAGAUUAAAGAAGCAAAUGCAGGACGAAUGGACACAGUAUAUUUCUCUGUGUGGUCUGCGCACACACUCUGAGCUCGGCCAGUCCCCUGUAACAGAGCUCAUCUACGUCCACAGCAAAGCCCUCAUCGCUGACGACCGUUGCUACAUCAUAGGGUCAGCUAAUAUCAAUGACAGGAGCAUGCUGGGUAGUCGUGACAGUGAGCUGGCAGUGCUGGUGGAGGAUGAAGAAAGAGUUCCCUCAAUCAUGAACGGAGAGGAGUACCAGGCUGGACCCCUAGCACUCGCCUUACGAAAGGAGUGCUUCAGAGUACUUCUCGGAGCAAAAUCUGACCCCAGUCUGAACAUUGAUGAUCCAGUCUGUGAUCAUUUCUUCAACGAUGUUUGGAACAAAAUUGCCCAAACAAAUGCCAUCAUCUAUGAGAAGGUUUUCCGAUGUCUUCCACUGGACUCCAUCCGCAACUUGCGUGAGCUGCAGGAACAAGUGAAUGCUCAAAACCUCAGUCUUACUGACCCGGAGAAAGCCAAAGAAGAAUUAAAGGCAAUCCAGGGCAUCCUGGUCCAUUUCCCACUGCACUUCCUGUGCGAGGAGUACCUUCUCCCACCUCUUAAAAGCAAAGAAGGAAUGGUUCCUACGGAGGUGUGGACAUAGCAGGGCAGAGUAUCCAGCGAAACGGAAGAUUUCAGAACUUAAAAUAUCACACAUCUGCUAACUAAGCUGGAAGCUAUGGUGGUUAACCGCCAAACGUUUGGCCAAUUUGGUUUGGACUAAAAUAAUGGUAGUAAAUGAAUGUUUAGUUCUAAACACUAACACAACUUAGUGUAGAAAAACAAAAUAAUCUUGCAUAGAAUAUAGACACGUUUAUACCAGGAGAAUCGCAUAGUGUAGUUGCUAAUUAAAUGAAGAUACAAUGAAAUGACAUCAGUCUUCUACCCAAAUGCCCAUUCCGACCACGAAUGUCAUGAUUGGAGUAUUUAAAAUGGCUGAGGAUUUAUAGUGCUGCAUAUCAGAUGAGGAAAAAAGAGCAAAUAAGGCGAA